CAGCCCUCCGGGUUUUGCCCGGACUGGGAAGAUGGGCGCUCUUCAAUCGCGGGAGUAGGCACCUUAGGGGAGAGGGAGGAAGGGGAGGAGGCUCGUGGAGUCAGGGAACUGAGGGUGGCGACAGGGACGCGAGGGGAGGCCGCCCGGGAAGGGUGUCAGCGUCGUGCAUCCGGCUAAGAAGCGGGCUCGCGACACCUGCGGACGCUCCAGGCAGAGGGAGCGUGUUCUCCGGCCAGAACUCUUUUCACUGCCCAAAGUCAUGGAUUUCUUUUUCAGAAAAAAGAUAAACGCUUCCGUUUUUGCAAACUCAAAGCGGGGCUCGUGGUCCUACUCUGCUGGACUGCGCUGGAUUCUGUACCCGUAACCCCAGAGACUAAACCCAGCUCAAAGACCAGGAUAUCUGAGUGACACGAAGUUCUCUCCAUUAGGUCCAGAUGUGGCUACCUGGGGACAGGUGAUCCAGGAAGUGACUGUGGAGAUAGCAAGCUGCUACCAACUGUGCUCGGCCACACGUGAAGCAACCAGUGUGUUUUUCUGUCGGCCUCGACUGUGGGCUGGCUUUGCCUACAGGCUCCUGAUCUUCAGUACUCUCAGCUUUGAGUCACGGGAGGCGGCAGGAAGCCGAAGAGCCGGUCAUCCUCGCACGGGUGCACUUUGUUUUUUCCUCAUUUCUUAUUUGACUUAUGGCCUUGGGAGAGGCAAUGCAGCCGCGGGAUACUAGAUCUUCACAGCGAAUUUAAGCCAGCCUUAUCCCUCACCGUCGUCAUUCACUCCCUCUUCGCGUUCCUAUUCUCCCAGCUGGAUUUACUGCCACGCGAAAUUCUUUCAGAAUUAAUUGGCCACUGGGCACCCUUCCAGAGCCAAACCCACGGGCGACUCCACACACGCAGGUGGCCCGGAGACCGUCAACUCUCACCCGACGCGGAAUCAGUCCAUCUCUCGGCGACCAAUCAGCGCUCCGCACGCUGCCGCGCCAGCCAAUCCCUGCAAACACACGUUGCUUCUGCCAACUUUUGCCGCUAUCCACCCCGGAGGCCAGUGUUCGAGCCGGGGGCGUGGUUGCUGGGUUCGGCCCGCCUUCCCCGGAAGGCUUGAUGCCUUCCAAUUGGCUGCAACUGGCAGUGGCUUGGCGACCAUUGGCUGCUGCCCCCAGAGGCCUCGGCGGGCGGGGAAGCCGAGAGAGCUGUAGAGUUAGUAUUGCAGAAAGCGUGAGUUUCCUGUCUAGCUGGCGCGCCUUAUCUCGGUCGCAUUCCUCGCUUCACCUCAAGUAGCCUUGAGUAGAAGCACAGAGGUGAGGCCGCCUGGAGGCGGGGCGACAGGGGCGUCUUCCCGGAGCUGCUCCGGGCAGUGGGCGAGGGAAGCCGCCGUGGAGGUCCAGGAUGGCGGAACCGGCGUCCGGACGCGUGUGGACCUCACAGGGGAAACAAAUGGAAGACCUGCCUGAUGCAGCUGUUUUGGCGACUAGACUUAAAAACACUCUCAUCCAGUACCACAGCCUUGAAGAUGACAAGUGGCGAGUUGCUAAGAAAAUGAAAGAUGUAACAGUUUGGAGGAAACCUUCAGAAGAAUUUAAUGGAUAUCUCUUCAAAGCCCAAGGUGUUAUAGACGAUGUCGUCAAUAGUGUAAUAGACCAUAUACGCCCAGGUCCCUGUCGCUUGGAUUGGGACAGCUUAAUGACCUCAUUGGAUAUUUUGGAGUACUUUGAAGAGAAUUGCUGUGUGAUGCGUUAUACUACUGCUGGUCAGCUUUGGAAUAUAAUUUCCCCAAGAGAGUUUGUUGACUUCUCCUAUACUGUGGACUAUAAAGAAGGGCUUUUAUCCUGUGGGAUAAGCCUUGACUGGAGUGAAAAGAGAUCAGAAUUUGUUCGCGGAUAUAACCAUCCCUGUGGUUGGUUUUGUGUUCCUCUUAAAGACAGUCCAAACCGGAGUCUUUUGACAGGCUAUAUUCAGACGGAUCUGCGUGGAAUGAUUCCCCAGUCUGCAGUAGAUACAGCCAUGGCAAGCACUUUAAUCAACUUCUAUGGUGAUUUACAAAAAGCCUUACAAAAGGCAUAAUAUGUUUAAACUUAUAGUAUUAUAGUCCCUGAAUCUACUCUCUCUCUUAGCUGCAUGGCCUGUAAAAAUCAUCCUUUCCUGUCUUCUGCAUAGCCUGUAGAAAAUUUUGAGAUGUUUUUGGUUUAUUUUAUUCCUAAAGUAAAUAGCUAUCUAGAGUGGGCAUUUCAGUUUUCCUAAACAGUUAUUUGCACAUUGUUUGGUAUGGUGAUAUGUCUAGGAAUGGAGAGUAUGACAGAAAUCCACCAAGAAGUAGAUACAGUUCUUUGACACAAACUCUUAAGAAAUUGAAUAGUGCCUCAGUAUGAAUAUUUUGGCUACUUAGAAAUUAGAGAAAGCCAAGCUUCAUGCUGGUAGGUUAAAAUCACCUAUUUUAGAGCUUUAUGAACAUUCUGUAAAAGUUUUAAUUUUGGGAGGAGUUAAAUAUUAAUGCUUUACUUCUCGUAUGCUCUAUGAGUUUAACAAUAUCUUGGACUAAAGAAAAAAAGCUCUUCUCUAUACUUUAUAAAGAUGAACUUCAUUGUCAGUUGACUUGUACUACUUUACCUAUUGAAAAUAUCAGAAGUAAGAAAAGAAUAGGUAUCAUAGUAAAAUGCAAUUCAGUUUUGAUACCUGGAUAGCAUUAUUUUGUAGAUAUCUUUAAAAAUAUAUUCAUAUCUUUAUGGGCUUUUAUUUUGGGAGUCUUAAAAGCAUUUAUGAAUGAAUAAGACAGUGUAAAAAACUGCCAGAUAUGUGCUGGGACACCACAUUGAUUGGACAGUAUUCUGGGUUAGGUGAAAUGGGUGGUGGUAUCCAAUACUGACCAAUAGAGAAUCAUCUCUCUAGAAAGUCAAAUUCAGUGAAUGUUUUAUACAUGUUUGAGUUUUAAAUGUGUCACUCAACUCAUAAAGUAUAACUACGUCAUAAGCAUUCACAAUUGUGAUGUAACUUCAGUCUGGAACUAGAACAAAUGCAUUCAUAGAUUUAUCUAAAUGCCUGGAUGAGUCAUUUUAUAACUAGAAUGGACUAUAAUAUGUCCCUCGAUUCUGUGGCUGCAUUAAAUGAACAUUCCUAAAUGAUUUUAACAUUCCAUAUGGUCUUUGGCUUUUGAACUAUCCACCUAGUUUAUAUCUAAGAUGAGAACUUGAGGGAACUCAGUGUCCUUUCAAAUUUUUGUUUAUAUUUAUAUUUGUGUACAUGUACACAUCUUGAAAUCUGUUCCAGUGUUCAAUGUGUUACUUAUGUGUUAUUAUUACUGUUCCCACUGUUUCAUUUUCUCUUCUUCUUUUUUUUUUUUUUGGUUAACAUGGGGUAAAGAGAGCUCUGGAAAUAGUAUUUACUAGAUAGGCCACAAAAAGCACAAAACUGUAUAGUGGUUCAAUUGCAUGAAGGUGUGAUCUGUGUUUUACUUUCCUGUGUUUUCCUGAGUGUAAAGAAAGCAUAAGUCAUAGUUCUUCAGACCCAUUUUGAUAAAGUAGAAAAAGUAGAGCUGACUUAUUUUUAUUUUUUUUGGUGUGGAGAUGAUGUUCAAAAAAAGCAAAAGGUGGCAGCACCAUAAUAUCCAUAGUGAAUAAUCUCACAAAUUUUAGAUUGAAAAUAGUUUGUUUCAAGGUCUGAUAGAAGCAAUGCACAAACGAUCCUAUGUUCUUAACUUGAAAUUUAUUAAUCACCAAUGUUUUUCCAAAUUGACUAUAAUUUUUGAGCUGAUGGAUUUCUCUGCUACUUUUUUCUUGCAAUAGGGAAAGAGAAAUGAGCAGUUUAGCUUUCAGUUUCGCAUGGAAAUUGUUAAAUGUUAAUUUUGACUCAAUCUAUUGUCUUUUAUUUGGUUUUAUUAGUGUAGAGCAGGAGGUUUCUUAUAUUCCAGUAUUCAGUCUAGCAUGGCAAAAUACCAGCAGAUGUCCACUUAUAGGGUGCCCAGAUUGGAUAAGUUUGCAACAAGAUGUACAUUAUUAUAAGGGCUGUUAUUGCCUGAGCUGGGUGCCACUAAUAAACUGUCCACUUUCA